UCCAUUUUUUGUUUUUAUAUCCUUAAAUCACUAAGACCCCACUCUCUCUCAGCCUCCAUUUUUGCCUUCUUUGCUCCUUAAAAACAACCAUUUUACCACCCAAGGGAGCCUCCCCUCUCUGCCAUGGGCGGUGUCGACAUGUCUAAUAAUCCACCCACUUCUCACACCAAAGACUUCUUCGCCUCUCCUGCUCUCUCUCUCAGCCUUGCCGGAAUAUUCCGCAGUGCGAAUGCAGGCGGGGCGGCGGAGGCUCAAUCUGUGGAGGUGGAGGAAGGGGAAGAGGGAAGCGGAGGAGGAAGAAGAGAAGGUAACGUUGAGAUUAGCAGUGAGAAUUCAGGGCCUGUAAGAUCAAGAUCAGAUGAUGAGUUUGAAGGAGGAGAACAUGAUGAUGAUGAUGGUGAUGAUGAUGAUGAUAAUGGAGGUGAUGAUAAAAACAAGAAGAAGAAGAGAAAGAAAUAUCACAGACACACCACCGAGCAGAUCAGAGAAAUGGAAGCGCUAUUUAAAGAGUCCCCACAUCCUGAUGAGAAACAAAGACAACAAUUAAGCAAGCAACUAGGGCUUGCCCCCAGACAAGUCAAGUUUUGGUUCCAAAACAGACGAACUCAAAUUAAGGCUAUACAAGAGAGACAUGAAAAUUCCUUAUUGAAAACAGAAAUGGAGAAGCUUAGAGAGGAAAAUAAGGCCAUGAGAGAGACCAUUAAUAAAGCUUGCUGCCCCAACUGUGGCCUCUCUACCACUAGCAGAGACACUUCUUUAACAACUCAAGAACAACAAUUACGUAUUGAAAACGCCAAACUCAAAGCCGAGGUUGAAAAACUACGAGCAGCUAUUGGGAAGUACCCUCCAGGAGCAGCACCGUCGUGCUCCGCCGGAAACGAGCAAGAGAACAGAAGCUCAUUGGAUUUUUACAGUGGGAUUUUUGGGCUGGAGAAAUCAAGAAUAAUGGAGAUUGUUAAUCAAGCAAUGGAAGAGUUGAUAAAAAUGGCUACUUCUGGGGAGCCACUGUGGAUUAAGAGCGUUGAGACAGGUCGUGAGAUUCUUAAUUAUGAUGAAUAUAUGAAGGAAUUUGGAGUUGAAAAUCCUAGUAACAGUGGAAGACUAAUGAGAUCCAUUGAAGCCUCCAGAGAAACUGGAGUUGUGUUCGUAGAUCUUCCAAGACUAGUUCAGAGUUUUAGUGACGUGAAUCAAUGGAAAGAGAUGUUUCCAUGCUUGAUUGCCAAGGCAGCUACAGUUGACGUUAUCUCCAAUGGAGAAGGUCCUAUUAGAAAUGGUGGAGUACAAUUGAUGUUUGCAGAGGUGCAAAUGCUAACACCAAUGGUGCCCACAAGAGAAAUUUAUUUUGUCCGAUAUUCCAAGCAAAUCAGCGCAGAGAAAUGGGCAAUUGUUGAUGUUUCUGUCGACAAAGUAGAAGAUAAUAUUGAUGCCUCCCUUGUCAAGUGCAGAAAACGCCCCUCUGGCUGCUUAAUUCAGGACACGUCCAAUGGUCACUGCAAGGUGACAUGGGUCGAGCACGUGGAGUGCCAGAAAAACACAGUUCAUACAAUGUACAGAACCAUUGUGAACAGUGGUCUUGCUUUUGGUGCAAGGCAUUGGGUAGCAACAUUGCAGCUCCAGUGUGAACGAAUUGUAUUCUUCAUGGCAACCAAUGUUCCCACAAAAGAUUCAACUGGUGUUGCAACCUUGGCUGGGAGGAAAAGCAUUCUGAAACUGGCACAGAGAAUGACUUGGAGCUUUUGUCGAGCUAUUGGAGCAUCAAGCUUCCAUACAUGGAACAAGGUUACAAGCAAAACAGGAGAUGACAUAAGGGUUUCCUCCAGGAAGAACUUAAAUGACCCCAGUGAGCCAACUGGAGUGAUCUUGUGUGCAGUUUCAUCUGUAUGGUUGCCAGUCUCUCCUCAUGUCCUGUUUGAUUUCUUGCGAGACGAUGCGCAUAGAAAUGAGUGGGAUAUCAUGUCAAAUGGAGAUCCAGUGCAAUCCAUUGCAAAUUUAGCCAAAGGAAAGGAUAGAGGCAAUGCAGUAACUAUACAAACAAUGAAACCAAAAGAGAACCCUUUGUGGGUACUGCAAGAUUGCUGCACAAAUGCUUAUGAAUCCAUGGUAGUGUAUGCUCCUGUGGAUAUAAAUGGAAUGCAAUCUGUGAUUACUGGAUGUGAUUCAAGCAACAUCGCAGUAUUACCUUCAGGAUUUUCAAUUCUUCCUGAUGGACUCGAAUCGAGACCCUUAGUGAUCACAUCUAGGCAAGAGGAGAAGGGCACAGAAGGAGGAUCUCUGUUGACAAUAGCAUUCCAAAUCCUAACAAAUACCUCUCCCACAGCCAAACUAUCCAUGGAAUCUGUGGAUUCUGUCAACACACUCAUAUCCUGCACAUUGCGGAACAUAAGUCAAGCUUGCAAUGUGAAGAUAGUUGAUUACUCUUAGCUUUGUUAGUUACACAACUAAUCAAUUGUAAAAUUUAUAGGUUCCUAGGUUGGUUUUAAUUUUUCUUUCUUCUUAUUUAUUUUAUUUCUUUCCCUCAAGAUUUUAGAUUUUGAUAGAGGGAUGUUUUAAUAUGGGUUUUAUUUGUCUGCGGUUGGAGUGGGGAGCUUGCCAGAUGCAUUUCUAUAAUUCAAGCAUUCUGGAGGAGUGAGGAGGGGGAUGUGGUUUACAAACUCUAUAAAUCUACAAGAGAGAAAUAUUCUCAUGUACAGAAAGAAUAUUUGUUAAUGCCCUUUAGUGGUUGCAUCAGUUGCUACCUUUAUCAA